AUGGAAUCAGUUUAUCCUGCCGGAAUGUUAGAUCGGGAUCAAAGGACCGCUAAGAUAAGAUUAUGUCAGUGUAGAUGCAGUGAUAUGGAAGUGCCAAAUAGGACUAAUAGUUUUACUACAGACGCGAGUACGAAAAUAAGCAGUAUUUUUAGCAGUAUUGUUUUUAACAAGAAAAGGACAAAGUUUUCAUACUUAAUAUGGAAAAAGGGAUAUUUAAUACAUACAUACAAUUUUCCACGUGUCAAAAACGUUGUAUUAGUGUUAGUCUACCUUACAUUGACGAUGAUGAAUCCAGCAUCUACAGCACCCGCCCACGAUGAGGUCGCAGAAGACAAAUGGUGGGAAAAACCAUGUGGUUCUACGGAACCAAGUGAUCCUUUUCCCACAUCACCACCAGAAAUUUUCUUUAAGUGGCACUUAUCAGACCUUCUUGUUCAAGCAGAGUACAAUUUAAUACAAGCUAACCAUUUGAAGGACAGCUUUGCUUUCUACACUAUAGGCAACGCGUUUGAUUAUCGUGAUAAUCCCCAAUGGUCUUACCCAUGGUUAGAAAAUCGUGCUCGUACAAAAUAUUUAAAAGGAGACCAAGAGAGUGAAGAAAUUAUGAAGGAAUUGUACCGCAGCUAUCAGAUACUGGCUGUGGCUUUCCAGCAUCUAAUCGACGAGGGUGGUGUACGCGCCCAAGUAUUUCAAAACGAAAAAUGGCAACUGAAAUUAUUAUUAUGCGAGAUGAAGGAAGCUUUGAAGGAACGAAAAUUAGAACCCUAUCCUGUGAGCGAAAGCGACAUGCCCAAUGAAUAUAAAAACAUGAAGGACGAGUCGCAGAGAAGUAGAAGAGACUUCAUUAUCUUCAACUCUUAUCUAAGCAUCAUGGAGUGGACUAUUGACUACAUCAAAACCAACGGCUUUAACGUUGAGAACCAGAAAAAUUAA